AUGACUCAGCACGAAAUUCAGCAAUUGAUUCAACAAUAUAAUGGGAAAAAGAGAACCCCAAGUGGCUUUUUAAUUUAUAAAAAUAAACAUAAAUUUCAUCCUUAUGCUGCUAAAAAGGCGUAUUAUAAAGAACCUAUGCAUGUCAGAUUAGCCUAUGACAAAUAUGCAGAGAUUAUUCGGGUUUACUCUCGUAGUACCAUUAAUACCAAUG